CUGCCGGGGGGGACCCACAAUGCAGCUCGAGACAGCCGUGGAGCAGCUCCAGGCCCGCUGGCAUCACCGCUCUGCAGCCAGCCACCCUCCAUUGUCAGCCCUGGGGGGCCAGCCCUGCAUGGGGACACGGGCACAGGCCCAGGCUUGCCUUUAGGGGCUGUCCCCUGGGCUGGCUGGAGGAGGGGGUGACACCUGGGGGCUCAGGUGGGUAGCAGGGCGCUGAGCCCCCGGCAGCAGGGGGAGAUGAGCUCGCAGGAUGAGCAGUUCCCAGCAGCAGCAGCAGCAGCAGCCCCCGAGGCAGCAGCGGCCGAUGAGGGCAUGACCUGGUGGUACAGGUGGCUCUGCAGGAUUGCCGGGGUCAUCGGGGGCAUGUCCUGUGCCUUUGCUGGUCUCUGGAACUGUGUCACCAUCAACCCUCUGAACAUUGCAGCCGGCGUGUGGAUGAUGCUCAACGCCUUCGUCCUGUUCCUGUGCGAGGCCCCUUUCUGCUGCCAGUUCAUCGAGUUCGCCAACGCCGUGGCCGCCAGGGCCGACCGGCUGCGGGCCUGGCAGAAAGCAGCCUUCUACUGCGGGAUGGCUGUGUUCCCCGUCAUGCUCAGCCUGACGCUGACCACGCUCCUGGGCAACGCCAUCGCCUUCGCCACCGGCGUGCUCUACGGAAUGUCGGCCCUUGGGAAGAAGGGAGAUGCCAUCUCCUACGCCCGCAUCCACCAGCAGCAGAAGCAGAUGGAUGAAGAGAAGCUCACGGGGAGCCUGGAGGGACAGGCUCUCUGAAGGACACGAGCUCUGGGUGGCAUCUCCUGGACACUGAGGUGGUGAAGAUGUGGAAGUCUGCUCUGCCCUUCCCUCCGUCCUCUCCACUCCCUGCUACACCACGAUUUCCCUGGACACUGCAGCAACUGGAAAUCUCAGGGGCUGGGGCAGGCUGUGUCCUCUCCUCACACCAGCAGCCAGACCUCAGCACGUCUUUCCUUCUCUCCUCAAACCUCAACCCACACAGUGCCCCUAUUUUUUAAUAUUUUCUUCUCUUUUUGCUGCAGAGGUGCUGGCUCUCUGAGUGCUGCUUCCCAGCCUUUCUUUUUUUAUUUUGGACUGCCCUCUGGAUGGUUGAGGAGGACAGAGGACCUGCCAGUGCAGGUUCCACGUGUUUAGGAACACUCCCUGGGAUGGCCCUUCCCAGGUACAACACCUAAAACCCCCUGGUGCUUAACCUUGGUCUUCCACUGUUUUAAUUAUGGGACCAAGGACUGGAGGCAUCACUGCACAGGAAAGGAUUUCCAGCAAAAAUCCAUCUGAAGAUAAAAUCCAUCUCUUCAAGGGAGUGCCAGAGCUGCUGGGCAGAUCCUGGGACCUCCAAAGCACAGUCCCUGCUUCCUCUGGAUACACCUACAGGCAGUGACUGCUAUUUACUUGAAUUAUGAGAACUUGUCUUAAUAAGGGCACUUUUCUCAAGCUUCACUCUUUUCCUGGGGCAGAAGGGAAACAAUAUUUUGCUGUACCUCAGCUGAAAAGGAUGUUGUUUCUUGAGCCAAGUGGGAUUUUUUGCUGGUAUGAGGGUCACUGAUGUGCAGGAGCAUUCCUGCCUUGUGAGCCUGGGACUCUCCAUCCCUCUGUGCAGGGACCUGCUCUGCUUGCCCGGUACAGCCUUUGUCUUUGGGAUUGUGGUUUUUUUUGCAUCCAUCCUGAGCUGGUUUUGUAUGGGAAGGUGGCACAUCUUCCCUGUGCAAACAGAGAGGAGGCUGCAGCAUUUCAGUGUGGACAGCUGGGAUGUUUUACUUUGCUAUUCCAGGCUCUUUCUGUGGUUUUCACAUUGUAAUUUCUGUUUGCUUUGUACCAUGCAGUACAAAACUGCUCACUAAGUCCAGAUCCCCCUCUUCUCAUCCCAGUUUGUCCUGGGGAUUUUAAUUUAUUUGAUUUUUAUAUGGUUGCUUUUUGUUUUGAUUAGGAAAAAGGGGAAUAAUUUAUUUGUAGUUAUUUAAGUACUUUAAUGGGACUCAUUUUCUCUGGAUAUAGGAGAAAGGAGUGCUCUGUUUCCUGUCCUUCACAGGGCUGCCUCAUUUCACCAGGGCUCUCUGAACCCAGGGACAGCCCUGGCUGCUGCAAAAUCCAGUUUCAGCCUUCAGAGUUUCUCAGAUUCUUCAGGAAAAGUGUGUUGUCCUUUGACCCCUCUGUCUUCUUCUGGGCCACAAGCUUGACAAACUGUGUUUUCCCCCUCUUCUGGGAGAGAGAAGGGAGGAAAACUGGGCUGUAACUGCUGGACUGGGACAGCCACCAGCACUGUGUGUCCCUGUUCGAAUCCUUGGGUACAGAGGGCUUGUGCUGUGCUCUGAGAAAUGCUGCUGGAGGCUGAGCGCUGUCUGUCUGACAGAGGAGUCUGUCCGUGCUGAAAACUCUCCUUAAACCCUACUCUUCCUCAAGCUGCUGGCUCCUGUGAGCUGCUGCUUCUUCCCUGGAGCUCAGGAGCUGUGAGGAUUCCCACCAGCCAGGAUUUCCUGGAUGUGGGCACCCUUUUUGUGCAAAGCCCCUUUCCCCCCACCUUUGAACUGGGAUUGCUCCGACACCCUUGUCUGGGGUGCAGAGCAGGCACCACCAGCCUGGGUUUUUUCCAUAAAGGCAGCUUUUUUCCCUCAAAGCUGUGCUGGUUUGGAGCCCCCAGGCCUUGGCUGAUCCCUGGUGCUGGAUGCAAUGCAGGGGCCAUGCAGGAGGAAUGGGGGGUACUUCAGAGGGAAUAACCUCUGGGUGCUGUGAGGGCAGAGCCCUGCCUCAGGAAUGGGCACAGGCUUUGAUUUCAGGGGGGUGUGGGGAGUGCUGUAGUGUUUAGUAGAGGAAUGUUGCAGACUGAUGCAUGUCAAUGUCUCUGGUAGUGACAGCUUUGCUCUGUGAGUAGUUCUGCAGUAGCUUUAGUGUCAGGAGGCCAAAGGCAAAGCAGAGCUCAAGGGCUGAGACUUCCAGGGUGCUCCAAGGGAGCACAGAGCUGGUGAGACCCUCAUCUGCCACUCCUCCUGCCAUGGUCCCUGGGGCUGGGGCAGGUGGGUGCUGCUCCAGGGCACCUGCAGGGUCCACUCUGCUCCUUGGCACUGAGGCAGAAGCCCCAGCAGUGCUGUCACAGUGUUUUGUGGCAGCAGGGUCUGACCCUGGGGCUGAGGCAAGGGAGAAAUCCACAUCAAUCUGCCACCAUGAGCGGGUGGCAAAGCUCAGCCCCGAGCUGAAAAUGGGCCUCAGGGACUCCCCUGAAAGAGCUGAGCUGGAGCCUUUGGCCUCAGUGCUUGAAGUGUCUGUGCCUGUCACCACUGGAGGUGUCUCAGAUCCAUGCUCCAAGGGUGGUGACUCCUGGAGGGACCUUCUGGAGUGGGAACCCUGGGGAAUUUUGGCUCUCUGGUGCAGCUGGAACCAAGCCAACUGCUGCCAGCAUUGCAGACAGGCUUGGUGACAGCACCCGUGGCUUGGAAGAGCUGUAGUGACACCAGUGGAUGGUCUCACCCCCAUGUGGGCCUGUUUGGUGGAGAUAGGAAGGAGCUUUAGAGUAGAGUAGCAUCACAGUAGUUAAAUGCCAGUGCAUGGUGGUUGUUCGUUGUGUUUAGAGGCACCCUCGGGGUGCUUGGAGCUGUGUGAGGACAAAUGAAGUUCAAACCCUGCUCUGGAGGUUUCACAGGCUCAACCCAACCCCUGCUGAGGGCAUCCAGGUGGGAUGGCUGAUCCAGAGGGGCUCUGUGGAGCAGGAUCUGCUCCAGAUCUUGGAAAGAUCUCCCCAGGUCUUGGAAAGAUGAGAUGAUGUGAGGGCUCAGGGGUGACACGCUGAGGACAGCGAGCUGCUGGCACCGAGAGUGGAAGGACCCCUGGGGAGCAGUGGCCUGUCACACACCAGUCACCAGGGCAGGUUUAUGCACUGUGCCACCCUUCCAUGCCUCUGUCACUCGUGUGUGGCAGCUCUUGUCCCCUGGGGCUGCCCAGGGAGUGUGAAGAGCAGGGCAGAGCUCGCUGCUCUGGGCAGGAGCUGCUUCUGUAACACCCAUCGAUUCUCUGUGUGUGCAGUGAAUAAAAACACCAUUCUACCUCUGGAAAGAGCCACUGUGAUUUCUCACGCUCCAAACGUUGUAGCAGAAGCCCUGGGACUCGCUGAGCUGGAGGAAGGAGGUCACUCAGAAAAUGCUCCUCCAGUGAGGUUCUCUCAGGAGCUGGAGUCCAACCUCAUUUCCUAGUGGGGCAUUUCCUCCUUAGGCUGAGCCCUGGGAAGCUCAAUUCGUCUCUGUCAUUUUUUUCCUCAGGAAAAAACAUCCACUGUCUUCAGGGAAGGGUUUCACUGAAGUGAAGAUAUCAAGAGCUGGUCCAUAGCCAUGUGAGAAAGAGAAUGCUCGAGCACAGGGCUGCCAGAAAUCCUGAUCUUCAGAAAGUCAGUGGAAACCAGAGGCUCUUGAGACCUCUUGUAGUCAGGCCAUGCUUAGAAAAAGUUGUGUUCCAGCCAGGGCUGAACAUCUUUCUGGAAAAGGGUCUCAGCAGCAAAGGGUAGGUUUAAUACUGAAUGUUUUCUGUGUUUUUCAUUUUGGCCCAGCACUCUCCCUCUGUCCUAGGCUGUUUCAAAUUAAUGCUGUGAUAAAGCACAUCUUCUCUUAGGUGAUUUCUCAUCUCCUGCUGCAGGAGGUCAGAAUGGCAGCUGGCACAUCUGGAGGGCUGGCUCAAACAUGCUGUUUUACCCCCUGCUUCCUCGGGACAGCAGGCUGAAUGUCCCAGGAAGAGCCCUCAGGGUGCCAAGUGCAUUUCAGGAGCAAUGCUUGGGCACAUCAUGUCCCAGCUCAGCCUUUGUGCCUCUGCCCUUUUGGGAGCAGUCAGGUUGGACUGAGCAAGGCCAUUUGUUCCUCACAGCCAUAACCACCUCCUGCAGCCGUGUUUUACCUCGGGUUAGCUCUAAAAAAUAAUUGUAAAAGGUUCUUAAUCUUGCAGGACACACAGGAAAGGGGUAAGACUGAUUUGCUACUAACUAUGCAGUUGAAAUCUCAAAGUGAUGGAGGUGGAGGCACAUCCACCUCCCUCUUUGGGGGUGGGUCAAACCCCAGGGUGGGAAGGACCCACCCCAGCACAAAGUGUUGUCAGUACUCACUGUGUCUUUCCCAUGGGGAACCACUUGCACUACAGCUGGAUGUUUGUCUGUUCCUAUUCUUUUGUCCUGGAUUUUCUUUGUGAACUGUAUUUGGUCUUAUUCAUUAGGCUUCUAGUGUAAUGUGUGGUUUUAGAGCAAUAAAACAUGGCAGCUUUUUAUACAAAUAA